CUGCGUCUAGCAGUCCAGCUGUAGAAGCGCGUUGCCCAUUCCCCCGCGUAUCAUCAGCCCAUAUUUUCCAUUGAUGAAACGAAAUCAAAGUCCAGAACUUUACUUCAAGCUUCCAUCAUCACCGGGAUGGAGGCACUCAACCUGCCCUUGGCACUCUUUGUUUCUACGUUUCUCCUACUUUUCACUCUCGUCUCCCCAUCCUUCUCCCCUGUCGACCACUACCUCAUCAAUUGCGGGUCCCACGGCAGCACCGUCGACCUGGACCACCGCCGCUUCGACGGAGACGGGCCGUCGAACUCCAAUUCGCCUCUGCUUUCUCCAUCCAAGUCGGUCUUACUAGCCGACUCGAACCCUCUUCCCGGAACAUCCCCGAUCUACCACACGGGUCGGGUCUUCACCCAACCAUCGAAGUACGUUUUCCGCAUCCGAGAUCCGGGUGCUCAUCUGGUACGCCUCCAUUUCCAGGUACUCAACGCGGGCCUCGAUUACUCAAAUGCCCAGUUUUACGUUUUGGCGAAUGAAUAUCUAUUGUUCAAUAGUUCUAGCAUUGAAACUGCUUGGAAUUUCGCGGUGAUCAAAGACUACGUAAUUAGGGUUGAUUCGGAUAAGCUAGUGAUCACCUUCGGCCCUGUGGGAAAAUUGAAAUUUGCAUUUGUCAAUGCCAUUGAAGUUAUCUCAGCUCCAAAAGAUUUGAUUGCAGAUGUGGCUCAGUAUGUUAGUUUUGAGAAAAACGAGCCUAUUAGUGGCAUGUUAAAAAGCGCCUUAGAAACUGUAUAUAGAAUUAAUGUGGGAGGCAAGAAAGUAACCCCUUUCAAUGACUCUCUCUGGAGAACUUGGCUUCCUGAUGAUGAGUAUCUCUUGAAGUCCAGUGAUGUCUCUUCAAAGGUCUACUAUGGUGGUCAUAUACAAUACCAUAUCGGAGGGGCGAGCCGAGAAGUGGGCCCCGAUAAUAUGUAUAACACGGCACGGAUAAUAAAAAGUCUAGAUGACUCUAUACCGGACAGGAACAUCUCAUGGGCAUUUCCGGUGGAUGAGGGUUUUAAGUACUUGGUGCGAACACACUUUUGUGAUAUUAGUAGCCUUGCACGUGGUUUGCUGUAUUUCAAUGUCUAUGUUAACGGAUACUUGGCAUAUGAAAACAUGGAUCUCACUACGAUCACCAGUGGUAUGCUGGCAUCACCAUUUUAUGCCGACUUUGUUGUUGACGGGGGCAUUUCUGGUAUUCUGUCCGUUAGUGUGGGGCCAUCCAAUAUGAGCUUGACACGAGCUGUGGAUGCGAUUCUUAACGGAGUUGAGGUCAUGAAGAUUAACAACUCGAUGGGUAGCUUUGAUGGCGAGGUGUGUGCGGGUUAUGUCUUAAGGAACUGGGGGAGAAGGAAUGUCGGUUUUACCCUUCCGCUGUUAGCUGCUGCAGUUCUCUUGCUGGUAAUAGCAGCAAGUUUGGCUGUGAAGAGGAGUUAUAGGUUCAGAGAUUCAAUGGCUUGGUCAAGGUUACCUGUGGAGGUUCCUCACGCCUGAUCAAAGUUCAACAGCAAUCAAUUUUCAUCCAACAAAGUUUGAUGUUGUUAAGAUAAUAGACUCCAGUAAGUACAGUGUGAUUGAUAUCUUUACUGUGUAAUUUGGCUGUUUUGAAGCCAAAGUAAUUGUAGGUAAUAGGUAUGCAAUGAAACAAAUGGUUUGUAUUUUGAUAUUUGUAUAUGGUUUCAUUUAAAUGCGCUGUUUCGUGGAGGUAAAAUCAUUUUGUAAUUUCACAACUCAAUUCAGAAGUCAACGAAGGCUUGAAGAGAACUGGAAAGCCAAUGCAGGUGCACAAAUGAAUGAAUAUUGGUCGAUAAGAUAGUUUGAUCUCACUUAGUGUGUGAAAUUAACCCCCCUUCGCAUUUGUGAAUAAGUCAUGCCUUUAGCCCCAGUGUGCGACUUCCAAUAUUAUUGAACUUUUCAUUGGCAGAAUUAUCCAAUACACCGGUAAUGGAUUUAAAGAGGCCCAUUACAACCACGAAGCCACGAAGGUGAUAUCAACCGGGUGUUUCGGGGGAUGGUGGGGCCGACUCGGGCAUCGGGCGGACUGAUAGGCCAUUUAAAGUGGAACUAAGUCGUGCUGAUUUUUGUGUUCAGAUUCACAAUCUAUCCUCGGAAUUUGUGAUGGAGGAGGUUGUGAAACUACAUUAUCUUGUACUCCCUCCGUUUCGCAAUCAAAGUCACACUUUCCUUUUUUGGAUGUGCAAAAAUAAAAGUCACACUUCCUAUUUAGGAAAGAAAUCUAUAUUAAUACAGUACAAAACAGUGCAAAAUAGUGUCAUACAGUGCAAUACAGUGUCAAAACAGUGUACUUUGUCCCUCAGAAUUUUUUCCCCCUUAGUCUUUAUGAAAUCAACAUGUAACUAAAUUGUGAAACGGAGGGAGUAAUAUGUUGUCAGCUUGCGAGGCUACAAGACUAAUGCUGCCAUAGCUCAUUAGUUCACAAUCUUUUAUGUAAUAUAUAUAUAUAUAUAUAUAUAUAUAUAUAUAUAUGCUACAAGAUCAAAAGACUACCUGGUUGACGGUGGAGAAUUAGUAGGCAAUAAUAUCUUUGUUGGAGUUCAUAAUAUUUACAAAUUGCAUUCUCUUUC